UUUAUUCAUUUGCAGCCAGUAUCGAUAAGUAACACAUAAAAUGUUGUUAUAAUGAAAGACAGUAAAAUGAAGUGGCAUUUUAGUUAACGAGUUGGUUUGAGAGGCCUGUAACGUGAGGAGCUAGCAAUCUGGCCUACCAAAGAAAACGCCUUCAUUGUUAGUCAUGCUGUUAUCUAUUAAUGAACACAGAUAGAUGGAUGCUGAGGCCCCAUUACUGCUGUGACAAAUAAAUGAUUAGUGUUGUGUAAAAACACGUUUGGUUGAAAUAUUCAAAAUAGUCGUCAGUGUAUUGCUCAGUAACUCAAAACUAUUGUAAUAUAGUUUCGAUUCUAUUUCGCCAGAUAACAAGCUGGUGGAAAUUUCUUGAAAAUUAGCGAAUGCAUCUUAAUCUAAAAUAAUUUAAUUUGUUUUUAGACUAACACCAUCUUCCUGUAACAAGUUGUCGAAGUAGUAAUGGUGAUAGAGCAGUGGAGUUACUUGCACAAAGUUUUGGUCAAAUGUAACAGUACGGAAUACCCAAGUUAUUUUCAACCGCAGUCGCUGGUGAAAGAGAGGACUUAAUGAACGUAAACAUUAUUCACCUUAAUAAUGGAUCAGAACAACUAUUUUAAUAAGCAGAUCCUGACAUGGGGAGUAAAAUGUCCUUCGGCAGAGAAAGCAGUGACCAAAACACCGUCUCUGAGUUGACCUCCAUGACGUCCCAGCCUCCUAAUUUAAUUCAUGCCACUACGGACUGCAAGCAGAUACCCGAAGACAUGAGAUGUAGUGAUGAAGACCUGACUUCUCAGAGGGAAGAGGAAAUGGAAACAGAAGGACUUAGUGAAUCUGCCCCUGAAACCCACUCAUCAGAACACUUAGAGUCUGAUAGCAUGAUUAACUCUGAAACAGAGGACAGAACUGACUGUCAACACAAUGAUCCCUCAUCACCAAAGGUAGGGUUAGAAGCUAACUCUGAAAUGUCACCAACAAGUCCCUCUUCUAAAGAAGGCCAUGAAUUGGCUGUGGAAGUCCGUAGGAAACGGGGGCGUCCUCGUAAAAGCAAAUCAUUGAAUGGUGGAGACCAAAACAGUCCAGAAUCUGCUUUUUUGGGGGCAGAGAUGCCAGGAUUAUUAAAGAACUGCAACACUGAUAAUGUGCCUAACCCUGAAGACGGUCACUUAAUGAGUAAUUCAUCCCACAAUGAGAUGGCUGGCCUUCAAACUGUCUCUGAUUGUAAAGUUGAAGACGGUGUCCUUGUGCUGCCAAAAAGAGGAAGAGGAAGGCCUAGAAAAUCUGAAGGUGUCAUACCCAAGCCUCCUAAACCUGCUCCUAAAAGAGUUAUUAAUUUCAGUGGUCCUGUACGGAUACUAAGGAGCAGAGGUGAACAACAGCCUUUGUCACAGGCUGGAAAGACUGAAUCUGAUAUCAAGGCAGACUGCAAGCAAACUGAAGAGGCUCUCAUAGAAAGUAAUGAUUCAUUUAACUUUCAAGAUAUUAAAAGGCGAGGGGCUGAGGUGGGCGAUCAGCAAGUUCCAGCUAAAGUAUCAAGACUGGAUGUUUCCCAGGAGGCCUCGGCAGUGUUGGGCAAUGACACCUGUCAUUGGAUGAAAAGAGAGACUGAUAAGCAGGUGGAAUUAAACAGUGAUGAACAUGACACCGAUAAAGAGCGAAAGAGUAGACGAGGCUCCCUGAAGUCUGGUGAAAUGCAGGUGCAGAAGAAACAAGAAGAGGAAUGUGCAAUGCCACAAAGAAACCAGCAGCAGUCCUCCAAGCCUGAAGUUUUUCCCUCAGCGAGGCGUAGCAGGAAAAGACCCCGUCAGUGGAAGAGAAGAAAACAGUCCUCAGACGUGAGUGACAUUCAGGUGCCACAAGCAAACAGCAUGCUUGAAUCCACAGAGACCACAAACUCGCAGGAAAAUGAGCCCUCCCAUGCAGAGGGCAUUACAUCCUCUGAACAACCUGAGGUGGGUCUUGCGGCUGUGAAACCUGAAAACAUAGAGAUAGAGGUGGAUGAUUUGAACCCUGUGUUAAAGUCAAAUACCACUAAAGUUUUACCAGACAUUCCAAACUCCAGUGCUACACCAGAGGCUCCAAGUAAUCAGGCAAUGUUCUUUAGACGCAGGAAAGGGGCCAAAAGAAGGAGGAGAAUAAAUAAUGUUGUGUUACCGAGAGCAGAGCCUGUAGAGAGCCGUGAAAGCAGCGAUGCCACUGAACAAAAAGCUGAAUCUGGUAAGGUGGACGAGCAGAGCAAUCCAGAUAACAAUCCAAAUGUCCAGAUCAUUAAAAGAGGAGGGAAAACUCUGUAUAAAUGUGGCUACUGUGGGCAGAUUUGUAAAUUUCUCUCUCAGUUCAUCAUCCAUCAACGCAUUCAUACAGGAGAAAGACCCUACAAAUGCGAAGAAUGUGGUAAAGGUUUUAGCAAAAAUUCCAAUUUAAAUCUUCACCUGAAGGUGCACUUGAAGAACAAAUUAUAUCGAAACUGUCCAUACUGCAAGAUGAAGCUGUCAUCUGCUGAGUAUGCUGCUCAUGUAAGUAUUCAUGCAAAACUGCUGGACCAGGUCCCUGAAAACAACAAGCCUGAAACGCGCAGCAGAGAUGCUGACCGUGAUAGCAGCCCUGCAGAUCAGGGGCCAGUCCCCAAAGAUAAGAGAGACCUAAAGGUGUGUCAGUACUGUGGCAAAACAUUUCCAUUUCAGUCAGCCCUCAUAAGACACGUGCGUGUUCACACUGGAGAGAAGCCUUAUAAAUGUGACAUAUGUGGCAAAGCUUUCGGUCAGGCCUAUUUCCUGCGAGUUCAUGAGCUGACACACUGGUCUGUGAAGCGUUACACUUGCACACGCUGUGAGAAAUCCUUCACUCAUUACAGUAACGCAAAAAAUCACAAUUGCGUACAGGAAAAAAGAAACGAUUUGCACCCCAACAGGCGCCAAAGGCCUUCACUCACUUACACGUGCCACAUCUGCAAAAGCAUUUUCAAUCAGCUGCAGGAUUUCAACAGCCACAUGAAAGCCCACACUGGUGCACAGCUUUAUCGCUGCUUGCAUUGUGACAAGCUUUUUGGUGUGCUCUCGGAAUAUAAUGCCCAUCGCAGCCUGUGCAGAGGCGAGAGAAUUGGCUCCAGCUCUGGGAUAAAAGAGGAAGAGACAAUGGAAUUGAUACAGUACGCAGUGCCGACAGCCAGGUGUUCACUGGACUCAGCUUCUUCCCUCACAGCAAAUGAAACACAUAAAAAAACAUCACAGAUCAGCCGCAAGAAACCAUCCGCUGACUUAAGGAAACCUUUCCAGUCGACAGUCAUACCUGCAAACAGUUUGUCACACCUGGUGUCAAAACUAAACAAACUAGAUACCCGCUCAGACCCGAGGAAGUAUUUAUGUCCAAACUGUGGGAGACUCUUCAGACACAUGGGCAGACUCCGAGCACACAUGCUCACUCACGCCCCGGCUCAAAGUUACACCUGCGCCUGCUGCGGCAAGACUCUAGAAAACUGGACAAAACUGUGGCAUCAUCAGAGAAUCCAUCGACAGAGGCGAGGCCGCUUCGCUUGUCCCCUGUGUGGGCGAGGCUUUCGGUUUGUGUCGGCGUACAAGAGACACAUGAGAGAGCACCCGGAGUUCCAAUGGGUUCAGUUCAGACCGAAGAAAGUGACUCUGCCUUAUCAGUGUGAGCAGUGCAGCUGCAGCUUCAAGACACUAGAUUUACUCUUCAAUCACCAGCUUUGCCAUUCCUCAGCACAAGACAUGCACAAGACCCCUGAACUUGAUUUAUUAAUGGAUGAACACUCUUCCCAGUAUUACAGGAAAACGUUAAACCUGCCCUCAAACGACCACAUGACAGCAUUAGAACCUGAGCACAACCACUCACCUCUGACCGCCCCCUCUAAAUGUCCAGACCCAGUCACUCAAGAGUCACCUCGAACUAACUUGGUUUCCUUUGUUCACAACCAGGGGGCUGAUUCAGGUAAAACGAUCCAAUCCAGAGAAACCAAUCAUAGCAGUCUAGAUGAACAUGCCCUUGGCAGACCCAUUACACCUCUGAGAACUAUAAAAAGGUACAAGACGCACAAUACCAGCAUACCAAAUGAAGGGUCUUCAGAUGGUUUAAAGUGUGCCGUUUGUGGUAAAACGUAUCCUGCUAUAGCAGAUCUUUAUCAACAUUAUUUGCAGCAUGCUCGAUGCCAGGUGUAAUUUCUGAAAUACGCAUUCUUUACCUAGUCUUUAUAAACGUCAGCUUUUUAAUUUGUUAACACAGGGGCCCUGUAGUUGUAGAUUAGAAAAUGUACAAACAGUCUGUUUCAUUCCAGGAAUUAAAACUGUUUUUGAAAUUCUUAUGGCCCUAAAUGGAUAUGAAAGAUUUGCCUCAGUUUUCAGACUCCAAAUUACACACUGAAUGUAUAAAGUAAAAGGGAAACUGAUAUCACUAUUCACCUUCAGGUAGAAGCCACUGAUUGCCCUUUAGUUUUGACAUCUAAUCAUUCAUCAAAGAAAAGAGAUGAACAACAUUUUAAAUUUGUCAUGGGUGGAUUGUGCUGAAGGAACUUUCAGCUUUGACAAAGAUUGAGAAAUAUUUGAUACAUUCAAACAUAGGUGGCCCGUAGCCCAGGGACCAGGGAUUAUGCUUUUCUAUGAAAUAAGCGAUUGAAAACAGAAGUUUUACCUGCUGUGGAUGUUUGAUCAUGGACUUCAAUAAAAUUAAUUUCUUUCUGAAAAUUAACCACUGAAAUAUUUUAAACCUUAGUUUGUCCUCUUUACUGUUAACCUCAUGGCAUCUUUAGUUUUUAAGCUGGAGGGAAAAAGUUCGACUGAUCAUGUUGCAAAAGUUCUUGGUAAAAUAAAAGCAUAGCAAGUUAAACACAUUUGGGAGAAAAAAUGUCUUGACUGUCAAAAGUGACCAGUCAACUGAAUAGCAGUAUGAUUUUACAAAUUUCAGCUGUAAAAGUAUUACCAAAUAUCAGGAGGGCUUUCAUACAAAAUCAGCUUUCUCCUCAUCUCAUAUAAUGACAUCUGUCACCUCUUUGUAUCUAAAUUUAUAGAGUGAAUAUCAGCUUUCCUCAUGCACAUGUUUUGUCAGAGUUUGCUCUGUGUUUCACAGAUAAAUGAUGGCUCAGAGUGUGAUAGGAGUGUUGCGGACGAUCAUUUUGUUUACUGCUAUUAAAAAGCUACGUUUUCAUGUGUCAGUGUUGGACACAAGAUGUUGGAAUCAUGAACAUUUUUGAAGAUGUUUUCCUGUUGUAUAUGACCCAAUGCUAUAGUUUGUCUUCAAUCAA